AUGCGAUUCACUCUUAUAACGGGCCUUGCCCUGGCUCUAACAGCUGGGUCGACGUUGAACAAUGUCUUGGCGCUCGCAACCGAAACCCCAGUCGAAGACCAAUCCUGUACCCUCACCAAUCCCCUCACAAAAGAAUACUACGACCUCCGUCCCCUGACUCGUACCUCCGACCUCUUCUCCACAGAUUGGUCCGUAAAUGGGCACGACUACGGCGCGAACUUCACCCUCAACAUCUGUGCACCGCUUCUCAACACUACCGAUGAUGCACCACACUCAAGCGCGGGGUAUGUUGAUGAGGACGGACAGUUUAUCUCGAUUGGAGAUGUAAAUACUGUUCCGAUUCUGCGUGGGAGGCGGUUGACGUUGGAGUUACCGUCUAAUACACCCUGUCCGACUGGGCCGAGCAAACGCACGACACUAAUCUCCUUUCUCUGCGACCGGGACUUAACCCAGAAAUCCGCUAUCACAUUCGUCGGAUCCCCGCAUUCGUGCGACUACUUCUUCGAGUGGCGGACAGCGCGAGCCUGCCCAAUCGCACACGGCCACGGCCGCCAGAAGGGUUUGGGAGUUGGGAGUUUAUUCGGCCUCCUUGCAAUUCUUUUCCUCCUCGCCUACUUCGUCGGCGGCAUCGUCUACCAACGCGUCGUUAUGCGACAAUCCGGCUGGCGACAAGUCCCACAUUAUCACACCCUUCGCUCCGUGGUGUCGUUCGUGGCGGAUAUGGUGAUGAUUAUUGGGGCGACGGUGUGGAGUAAGAUUCCGGGUUUGAAGAAUUUGGGGAGUAUGGGAAGGGGAGGGAGGGGGAGGAUUCAGUUGGAGGAUGAGGCGGUUAUGGAUGAGGCGUUGGAGGGGAGUGAUGAUGAGGGCAGUGGGCAUGGUGGAGCGAGGUGGGCGUGA